AUGCAGUCCGAUGAAGGUGCCACGUCCAUGGAACUUGAGAAAGUUCUAUCUGAAUCAAAUCGUGUAUCUUUUGCUUCAAAACCAAACUUUGCACCUUUGNAGUCCGAUGAAGGUGCCACGUCCAUGGAACUUGAGAAAGUUCUAUCUGAAUCAAAUCGUGUAUCUUCUGCUUCAAAACCAAACUUUGCACCCUUGAAGGUUCAUGAGAUAUCUGAUAGUCAAGUUCAGUUCAGGAAAGUCUCUAUACCACUGCAUCGAUAUACGCCUCUCAAGAAAAGCGUGGAUGAAAAUUUACACUCCUAUAUACGAGCAGAUGAAAAUCGACAUUUCUAUGAAUCUCAAGGCUCGCAAGACACCAAAAUUCAUAUACUGGGUUCUUUUGCCAACGUCAAAAUUGCAAGAGAUUCUCUCUGUAGCCUUAUCAUGGGGUCCCCUGCUGGCAAGGUGCUUGCUGGAUUUUUGCCUGUAACUCCUUACUAA